GAGACGAAGACGAAUGGAUAUCCUCCUCAAGCUCUACUUCUGCACUACGCUGCUACAAUGCGAGUUCCUCCAGGACACCAGUGCCCAGGGAAUCAUCGCCCAGGCGCUCUACCUCGGCGAUCCCAACAUGUACAACAACACAAUGGACAGCUGCAUCUGGAAGCGCGGGAACGACAGGGAUCAGUGCCCAGAUCCUGACAUCAACAUGAUACUCUACACAGGUGGUUUGGUCAGGAGAAAGACACUGCUAGACAUGGACCAGGCGGACUGGUUGCGCAACAGUGGCUUCAAUCCCAACUACGAGAGCAUUAUACUCAUUCACGGGUACGCAGGGGGAGACGACACGCUGCCCAUGGUGGUUCUCAGGGAUGCCUACAUCCGCCACGGCAACUACAAUGUCUUCGUGGCUGACUGGGGCCCACUGGCGCAGCCGCCCUGCUACGUGGCCGCCGUGCACAAUCUCCGGCCCGUGGCCAGGUGCUUCGCCAAGCUCUUCACCUUCCUCAGGGAUUCGGGGCUGCGAGUGGAGAAGACGACGUGCGUGGGACACUCUCUGGGCGCGCACGUGUGUGGCCUCAUGGCAAACUACCUGACCUUUAGGCUGGAGAAGAUUAUUGGGCUUGAUCCAGCGAGACCGCUGGUGAAGUUGGGAAAUGCCUUCCGUCUCGACAGUGGGGACGCAAAGGCUGUCCAGGUGCUACACACCAAUGCUGGACACUAUGGAGAGAGUGGGCGCAUUGGACACGUGGAUUUCUGCAUCAACAACGGCAAGAGACAGCCCUUCUGCUCCACAACUACCAACAUUCAUCUUUGCAGCCACAUUUGGUCCAUCUGCUACUUGGGCGCCACAAUAUUCGCCGAUGUCCACGGCGAGCCGUGCUCAAGACGCUGCGGCGGACCAGUCGGAGGACUCGGAGUGUGGAGGCAAACGCGCAACAACUAUCGACAACUCAUAACCAACUCAAUACCAAUGGGACACAAAACCCCAAACAAUGCUUAUGGUACUUUCUGCCUGCGCGAUGAAAACCCACCGUUUUGCCCGCGCUUCGACGGCGACGUCGGCGAUAGUCGGUGCUGUGUCGACCCAGAGGCCAAGAAUCGCAAGACACAGUGACGAAAAUCACUUUUGUGAAGUAUCUCGGAAAAUACUUCUAGUAUUACUGGAAAAUGCGCCUGCAGCCAUGUGGACUUUUCACUCUUGUUUUUUGUAGCACUCGUGAAAAUGCAAGGAAGUGAACAAGUGGUUAAUAGCAUCAAUAAGUGGUUUCUUCGAACUCUCCA